AUGGGUAUGUUGAAGAAGAACUACUCAGCAAUGGAACAGAAAAUCACAGUCUUGGAGAUGGAGGUACAAAGCCUUCAGAAAAUAAAAACAUCAAAAUCCACUGGAGGAAAAUCAGGUGAACUCAAUAAAUCCAGCAACUCAAGCAAAACUUUCGGAAGGAGACCUGAUCUUGGACAUUCAAAAAAUGUGUUUAGUGUUUCAAUGCAAGUCAAAAAAAUGAAAGAAAACUCCUUGUACCCUGUGAAGUUACCUGAUAUCACUUCUCAAUCACAAGAAGUCCAUCUGUCAGGAAAAGAAGGAGAAACUGACCGACUUAGUCUAAAUGAAAGUGGAAUGUGGAUCUUAAUACCUUGCGGCUAUGCACCAGUACGGUACCAAACCAGUGGUGAUCAAAAAGUUAAAGAAUUGAUGGUCCAGAAAAAGAAGGUAUAUGAUUUGAGGCUUAGGGCAAUAAAACGCAGUGCCACCUCUCAACAUAUAACCCAAGCACAAAAUAAACCCAGAGAAGUAAUUAAUGCAGAGAGACACAGCAAACAGCCUCGAAAUCACAAACUUGAAAUCCUGCUAGACAGUAAACUAGAAAAGGAUCCUGAAACCAUAGCCAAUGAGUUUAACAAAUAUUUCUCUCAAAUAGCUGGAGAAACCUUAAAACAGAAACCUCAACAUGAUAUACCUGACAGUACUCAACGACCCUCAAUCAACCACUCCACCCCUUUUAGAUUUAGACAUGUUUCUUCCAAAGAUGUCAAAGAUGCAAUAGCUUCCUUGAAGCCCAAGCUCUCUUUUGGGAUUGACGUUAAGCACUGCGCUCAACAACUUGCCGUUCCUAUUGCAAGCAUAAUCAAUAAAUCCUUUGCUUACAGCCUAUUUCCAACUGCUCUUAAAGUCUCAAAAAUCUACCCUCUACAUAAAAAAGGGUUACUCACUGAAAUAAAAAACUUUCGGCCUAUAUCACUGAUCUCACCUUUUUCUAAAAUCAUUGAGAAGAUUGUCUUAACCCAACUACUAGCCUAUCUUAAACAUGAACAACUCUUGAGCGAAGAUCAACAUGGGUUCCUGAAAGGAAAAUCCACUGCUAGUGCUCUCACAAGUAUUAUUGAAUUCGUCAUUGAUCAGUUGGACACCCGCAAACAUGUCUCAGCGAUCCUUCUUGACUACAGCAAGGCUUUUGAUUGUCUGGGUCAUGAACAAAUAUUAAAAGAACUUGAAGUUUUAGGAGUAAAUGACAAAGAAAAUGCAUGGUUUGCCAGUUACCUCAAAGGGCGUACACAGAUAGUUGAAGUCCAAAAAAUGUUAAAAGGAACAAAGUAUAUAUUCCUUCUGAAAAAUGACAGUGCACAAGGGCUUUUCCAUGACUCUCUAUCCACACUUGAAAAAGUAAUUAACUACACCAACCAUAAUGAUCUGGUGUUAAAUGCUUCAAAGACAGUUCACAUAAACUUCAGUCGACUUGGAGAGCCAGCAUUGAACUUACCAGGUGUUACUUCAGAGGAAGAAACAAAAUUAUUAGGUGUGACACUUCAUGACGGCCUCACAUGGACUAGCCACAUAGAUAGCCUCUGCAGAAAACUUAGUUCCGGAGUCUAUGUAAUCAGGAGAAUACACUGGGUAGGUGGAUUGAUAGCUGCAAAAUCAGCCUACUAUUCGAUGAUGGAAUCACAUAUCCGCUAUGGCAUAACGGUCUGGGGGGGGACUUCAGAAAGCAACCUAAAUCGGAUUCUGUUGCUACAGAAGAAAGCCAUUCGUGCCUUGGCCAACUUGCAACCACUGGACAGCUGUAGGGAGGCAUUUGAAUCUCUAGGGAUUCUCACUGUUGUAGCCCUUUACAUUCAAACUAUCAUACUAGAGACACUUAAAUGCGACUUACCAAGAGGGGAAAAUAUCCACACCCACAACACCCGGAAUGCCACCAACUACGUUCUGCCAUCCCAUCGUACUGCCCAGUUCCAGAGAAAACCAUCAUACAUCGGACGUAAGCUGUACAACGCUCUACCCACAUCUUUAAAAGCUCUCGGAAGGAAAUCACUGGCAGCAGGACUUCUCAACUGGCUCAAGUCAAGACCUCUCUAUUCUAUGAAAGAAUUUUUUGAGGCUGCACAACAAUGA